AUGGAAGAAGAACAGAAAUCUCCAAGAAGAUCCAUUCAUAGAAAAAGCUCAAGAGUCUUUUUAAAGGAAAAGCAAUUUCGCCCGGAAUUCCAUGGCCAGCUAAAAGGCGAAGAAAGAACAGACAAGUUAUGAAAACUCAUGGCUGAAUACUUAGACUCAGAUUUAAUAACAAUUCAAAAGUCCAUUGUUUCCCAUGUUGAGUAUACUCUUGCUAGAACAAGGUUUAACUUUGAUAAUUUAUCAUGCUAUCGAGCCACAGCAUUUUCUGUAAGAGAUCGGCUUAUUGAGAGUUGAAAUGACUCUCAACAGAUCUUCACAGCUUCUGACAAUAAAAGAGUUUAUUAUAUAUCUCUCGAGUAUCUUUUAGGCCGCCUUCUCAAAAAUAAUUUGUACAAUAUUGAUUUGGAAAAAGACUAUAAGGAAGCUUUAUCAGAUCUUGGAUUUAAGCUAGAAGACCUCUAUGAAGAAGAAAUCAACCCUGCCUUAGGAAAUGGAGGCCUUGGAAGGCUUGCAGCUUGCUAUUUAGACUCGCUGGCCACUCUUGAAUAUCCUGGCUGAGGAUAUGGAAUUCGUUAUGAUUAUGGAAUGUUCAGGCAAAAAAUCAUCAAAGGCUACCAAGUUGAGCUUCCAGACUAUUGGCUUAUUCAGCAAAAUCCUUGGGAAAUUGAAAGAUCUGAUGUAGCAUACGAUAUUUAUUUCGGAGGCCAUGUCGAGUCUGUCUAUGAAGGAGGAAGGGAAAAAAGAAACUGAAUCCCAGCUGAAAAUAUCAUCGCAAUGGCCUAUGAUACACCAAUUUCUGGUUAUAGAACGUUUAACACUAUCAAUCUAAGGCUAUGGAGAUCUAGGCCUGCAAAUGAAUUUGAUUUUUCUUCUUUUAAUACAGGGGACUAUUUUGAAGCCGUUAAGUCUAGGCAAGAAGCGGAGCUAAUUACUUCUGUGCUAUAUCCAAAUGAUUUAACAUAUUCAGGAAAAGAGCUGAGACUGAGGCAGCAGUAUUUCUUCUGCUCUGCAACUAUACAAGAUGUUAUAAGAAGAUUUUUGAAGAAAGGUCACAAGUGGGAUGAGUUACCUAGUAAAGUUGCCAUUCAGCUUAACGACACACACCCAACUUUAGCGAUACCAGAAAUGCUGAGAAUUCUGAUUGACCUCUAUGACUUAGAUCCAAUAUACAGCUGAAAAUUGGUUCAGAAAGUUUUCGCAUAUACUAACCAUACCAUUUUUCCUGAGGCAAUGGAGAAGUGGCCAAUAGAAUUAUUUCAAAAGCUUUUUCCAAGACAUUUAGAAAUUAUUUAUAGCAUUAACUUUCAAUUCAUGCAAGAAAUCCAAAAGAGAUAUGAAAAUGAAAGUGAAGAUAGAAAAAACCAUUUACUGUAA